AUUCAUUUCCAAAAUGCAGCACAGAGAGGUGAAAACAAAGGGAAGACAGAAUCUUAGAUGUUCGCUCUGUACAUUAGGUCUAAUGGUGCUAUCAACAGCUUCAUAUGACAGGAAAUGAUCUGGGCGUUUUGUUCACUUAUUCUGGAUGCCCUUAGUUUCAGAGAGCAACUGGUAACAUGGAUUGCACCUCGGAAGGGGACAGCUGAACUCUCCCUCUGGCUUUAGUAAGGAAAGAGCAGCGAUGAAAUCCGUGGACUGUGUGCACGUCAUCCAAGAGAAGGAUACCGCCUCCUCUCCCUCUGCCCCCCCUGGCGCUGUUUCAGGCGCCACGGGACUUUUUCCUGUCACAUUCCUGUGGCUUGCAAUGCUCCUGUCCUCUUGUCUUGCAGCAGUGUCUCUUUACCAUGUUAUCAUCCUGAAAACAGAGCUAGAAGCUCUGCGCAGCGAGCUGAUCUACAGCAUCCAGGCAAGGUCUCCGCUAGACCAACCACUCGUGUCCCCUGAUGGAAACAAAGCAGGUAGCCCUGUUUCUUCCUUCCUGCAAGUGUCUGCAGCUGCCUCCAGGCAGGAGAGCAGGCUUGCUGGUACUGGCACAGCUGAGAGCUUCCAAAAGGAAAUCUGGAACGGGAGUAGAAACAGGGGCAGGCGGUCUGUGGACAACACAGAAGAAAAAGUGCUGCAGGCCUGCUUGCAACUGAUUGCUGACAGCAAAAGUGAUAUCCAACAGAAAGAUGACUCAAGCAUUGUCCCUUGGCUCCUGAGCUUCAAACGUGGAACAGCUCUGGAAGAACAAGGAAAUAAAAUAGUGAUCAAAGAAACAGGUUAUUUUUUCAUAUAUGGCCAGGUUUUAUAUACAGAUACAACAUUUGCUAUGGGACACCUAAUACAGAGGAAGAAGGCUCAUGUGUUUGGUGAUGAUCUCAGCUUGGUGACCUUGUUUCGCUGCAUCCAAAAUAUGCCACAGUCUUAUCCAAAUAAUUCUUGCUAUACUGCUGGCAUUGCAAAAUUAGAAGAAGGGGAUGAGCUUCAACUUACAAUACCACGAAGAAGGGCUAAAAUAUCCUUGGAUGGAGAUGGUACUUUUUUUGGUGCAGUGAGACUCCUCUGAAGCCCUUCAUUUCUGUUCUUAUGCUUAAUGCAAAUUUCUUCUCUACCUAUGCCUUUGUCAGAAAAAAAUAUUGAAUUGUAAUAAAGCUGCCAAUUCAGCCUCUCCCAAUUCACCACAGGCUUCUAAGAAUUUGGUUCACUUUAAUAUGUAAACCCAAAACAGGAAACAUACCAGACAUACUUGUGAUAUAACCACCAUGUGAUUACCAGAAAGCCAAUUUAUUUUAGACAAUGGGACACUCUAGAUAACAACUAUAAAACAAUAAGGUUUUGGCUUGAAACAAUGUUAUCCAUAUGGUAAACCAAAGGAGGAGUUGACCAAAAAUAACAGCAUGACCAGGACCACAGCCUAUCAAAUUGUUAUCAAUUGAAAGGGAAAUCUAAAAUAAAAUUUUAUCCUAGAUUUACAUUAUUUCAUAAGUAAAGUAUUUAAUAUAUGAAGUGUGGAGAAAAAACAUCAAACAGUUGAUUCCUCACCCCAAAAUGAAAUUGCUUGUUGUCGUGUUCUGAGUUUUGGGGUUUUUUUCUUUCCCCAGAGAUACUGGGGAAGGAAAAAUUCUAAAUGUCUGGGAUAAUUAAAACAAGUAUACAGAAUUGUA